UUGGCCAUCAUGGAUUCCUCCAGUCUGAGCGGGACAGGGCGGAGCACGGCAGCGGAGCACUCGGUGGAGCUCGGUAUUCUUCGGGCUGAGACUGUGGCGGGAAUCUAGCUUGUUUAGAAGCUAGCAGGGUACCUUUAUCCAGAAAAAGUUGGAAGGAUGGCAGCAGCCAGAAAACAGAUGAAGAAAAAACACCUGGAGGAGAAGGCAGAUGAAAAGGUUUUUGAUUUUAUUCCUGAGGAUGAGAAGAAGGAGCUGAGCGGCUCCGAGGAUGAAGUCAGAGAAGAUGAAACUCCAGUAGUGGACAAACUGGCAAAGAAGAGACCAGCUGACUUUGAGGAGGAGGCACCCUGUGCUGUGGGAAAUGAGGUGCAGUCCAUGUUGGAGAAGUUUGGAGCUGAUAUCAGCAAGGUGAUGCAGGCCAAGAAGAAACGUUUGGAGUGUCUGACAAAGAACUACAUGAAGGGAAGCCAACACAAGCUGGAGCAGCUGUGGAAUAACUAUUACAGCCAGAGGCAGAAGAUAACACAGCAGUACUCCCAGCAGGUGUCCUCGGCACUGCAGCAGUGGGAGACUGAAGCCCAGCGAGCUGAAGAGCAGGAGGAGAAACUCAACAACCUGUUCCGGCAGCAGCAGAAAAUCCUGCAGCAGGCCAGAGUGGUGCGGAACCAGAAGCUGAAGACUGUCAAAGAGCUGUACGAGCAGUUUGUCAAGAACAUGGAGGACAUGGAGAAGAGCCACGAGUCUUUCCUGCAGGGGGCACAGCAAGAGCUGAGAAAGGAGAUGGCCUCCCUGCAGAAGAAGAUCCUCAUGGACACGCAACAGCAGGAGAUGGCGACGGUCCGGAAGUCCUUGAAGUCGAUGCUCUUCUAGGCUGCCGCCGGCUUGGUUCCCGCUUUCAGGAGGGUCCUGCUCAGAGUUGUUCUGCUCGUUCCUCACGGUUCUCGCUGGUUUCCUAAAAAUCUGAACUGUUCUCACGUCAUAUUUCUGAUUUCACUGCUGCGUUUCCAGAGGAGCAGCCUUCAGCACUCACUCUGAGAGUCCGCGCAGAACCAGAGGUGCCUCUGUGAUGCUGAUGCAUUUGUAACUUUAAUGACGAUGGCUUUUUUCUUCUUUGUUCCUGAGGUUAUUAAAAUAAAGAACGUGUUGGUGAUA